CCUGCACGCAACCCAAUGCAAAAACCCCUACCCUUGCAAUUGCAAAACACCCCAGUCCUGACUCAUCAUCUUGUAUGUAAAUGAGAUUCCCCUGUCUGCUUUUUCUAUUUUAUUGAAUUUGCUCAGACACCCUAAUUUCAACUGAUUCGCCGCAAAUACUCUGAUUCCUUGAUUUCUCAAUCUACUCUCCAUCUCAUUUUCUACUCACUUCAACACUGUGUAGUUUGUUCUGUUAAGGGUUUUUAGGUUACGGGGUUUAAGAAAGAUUGAUUGAUUUUGAUAGAUAAUGAUUGUGUAGCUCUUUUUCUCAAAUGGGUGCCACCAGUUCUAAAGCUGAGAGGAGCGAGGCCUUGAGAUUGUGCAAAGAGAGGAAAAGAUUCAUCAAAGCAGCUAUCGAUUCAAGGUACAAUUUUGCUGCUUCUCAUGUUGCCUACAUUCAAUCUCUCAAGAAUAUUGGUGUUGCGCUGCGUCACUUCGCAGAAGCUCAAGUAAUUAAUGAUUCUUGUCUGUCUACUGAUGUUGAUAAGACUAUGUCACCUUCCUCGUAUCCUUCGUUGUCUCCCUCUCACAAUGCGGCUGCUUUUGAUUCCCCAUUGCCUGCUGAAACCCCUGUAGAGAGAUUAAGUUAUAUGAGAUCAGGGGGUACUAGUGUUGUCACUGUUAGUGUUAGUCUACCUAGUAGUGCUGGUUAUGUUGAUGAUAAUGAGUCUAUGUCGUUUCCGGUGCGGCCCCCUCCACCGCCUUUUCAUGACUCGGCUUCUACUUGGGAUUAUUUUGAUCCUACUGAUGAGAGCUUUAGUUUUAUUCGACAGAAUAUGGAGAAUGUCGAUUUUGAUGAUGUGAAAAUGUAUGGGCAAAUGAAUGAGAGGGACGGUGAGGUUGAUGUUGAUAAUGGAGAUUCACAAGUGGGCAAAAAAGAGCAACAAGUUUCUUGUAGUUCAACACCUCCAAGUGAUCGACUUGGUAGAGCUAAAUCUGAGGGGAGUGAUUUGUUCAAAGCUCAGCAAAUACGUGAUGAAGUGAGGGUGCUUACUGAUGACAAUAAUAUGGGUGGGUCAGCUGCAAUGUUAAGUGGCAGAGCUGCUGCAGAACAAUCUGGUUCGACGAUGGACAAGGCUUUGGUCGGGAAAGCGACGUGUUCACAGAGGGAGGAUCCUUCAGAUUUCAUCACUCAUAGAGCUAAAGAUUUUCUAUCUAGCAUAAAGGAUAUCGAGAAUCGCUUCUUUAGAGCAUCUGAGUGUGGGAGAGAGGUCUCUAGGAUGCUUGAGGCAAACAAAAUUCGGAUUGGAUAUUCCGAAGCCGGAGGAAAAUCAAGUGGCAUGGGUUUUCUGGAAAUGUUAACUCCAAAUUGUUGUGGAGGAGCUCCAUUGGUUUCUCACGAACAUUCACGCAAUGUGACAAAGGUCAUAACAUGGAACCGCUCAACAUCUGCACGAUCAUCUUCCUCAAGAAGUCCUCUUGCUACAGCGUCAAAAGACGACAACGAUGACAGUGGUAGUGAAUUUGCUGAAGAGUUUUGCAUGAUUGCAGGAAGCCAUUCAUCCACCUUGGAUAGAAUGUAUGCAUGGGAGAGGAAACUCUACGAUGAGGUGAAGGCUAGUGAGUGCAUCAGGAAGGAGUAUGAUCGUAAGUGUGACCAGCUUAGACACCAGUUUGCGAAGGAUCUUAGCAGCAGCAUAAUUGACAAAACCCGAUCAGUGAUCAAAGAUCUGCAUUCGCGAACUAUAGUGGCACUUCAUGCUGUAGAUUCCAUAGCGAAGCGGAUCGAGAAAAUGAGGGAUGAAGAGCUUCUGCCACAACUUAUUGAACUUGUACAAGGAUUAGUCAGGAUGUGGAAGGCUAUGCUCGAAUGCCACCAUGCACAGUACAUUACGAUCUCCUUGGCCUACCAUGCAAAAAAUUCAACGAGAACCCCCCAGGGAGUUACAAAACAAGAGAUUAUGGACCAGCUUCAGCAUGAGAUGGAAUGUUUUGGUUUGAGCUUUGCGGACUGGAUUAACAGUCACAAUUCGUAUGUGCAAGCUCUUAAUGGUUGGCUGCAGAACUGUAUAAUGCAGCCUAGAGAAAAGUCCAAGGGCAGGAGGGCAUUCUCCCCUCGUAGAGUUGUGGCCCCUCCUAUAAUAGUUCUUGGACGAGAUUGGUGUGCUGGGAUACAAAAUUUGCCAUCUGAAGAGCUUAAUGAAGCAAUCAAAUCCUUGUUGUAUGACUUGCGCCAUUCUGUUGAGCAUCAAGAAGAGGAACCACAGAACAAACAACCAAUACUUGAUACUAGUGGGAACAUCGAAGCAGACGUGAACGAAGUGAAUUCUGCCGCGUCUUCAAAUCUGAGUAGCAUACAUAGUAGUUUGACAAAGGUUCUUGACAGACUCACCAAGUUCUCUGAGGCAUCACUGAAAAUGUAUGAAGAUAUUCGACAGAAAAAUGAAACCGCUCGAAAUGCAUAUAUGAACUACAGACCACCCAGGUCGAUAAGCUUGUAAUAUGUUGUCAAAUACUAUAAUGCUUUGGUAUUCAUCUGCAAAUAGAUACUUGUAAGUUGUGCAAUCUUUCUUCGGAGCAACUGUUGAUUAGUCAUGGUCUUUGCUAUUCAAAAAAAAGAAAUUAUGCUGUAAUGCCUAAAGUCUUGUGCUUCUCCGGCUGUGAUUAGCAUGCACCUCGAUUAUUAUUAUUUUGAGUGGACAAGGAAGUCUUCUUGUUUCUGGUUA